CACAAAUUUAUUAGAAAGAUUGGAAAUAUAUUAAGUUUAGUCAAGUACAAAUCAAUAUUUUUGGAACUUAUAAUAAGCCUAUUAAUAUAUGAAACUAAAACUAUUUUGGGUUCAACUGGAUCUUAGACAUUGUAACUAAACCCGAAUCAAAUUCAAUCCAAACUUAUAUAAUAUCCAAAUGAAGUUGAGUUCAUGAACCUGUAAACUCGAAAUCCCAAACCGAAAUUCAUUGGGACCCCAGUCCAGCCCUAAACUUAACUGACAAAUAAUAAAUCAAAUAGCAUAUUAAAAAGGAGUAUAACAUAAAAAGUAUAUUGAAAGUAUAAAACAUCAUUUUGCAUAGAACAAAAUAUUUUUAAAACGUAAAUUAUUUUUAAAAAAUGGGGGAGUAUAUAAGUUACGUAGUGCUUCAAAAAUUUGGGAACUUUGGAGAGGUUUGUGAAAAUGAGAGGGAAAUAUAAAUCCGAAAUCUUGUUUCAGCUGCGGAAUGCUCUAUGCCGGCGCCGGAUCUCUUCUUCCACAUCCUUCGCCUUUCUUCGCCGUCUCUCUCCUCCGGAGAAACUGAAUCAUAAGCACAACAUCACCCUCACUGAGUUUCGGUUCCUGGGUGUUAAUCAAUCUUCACACUUUCUUCACUCUCUUACAGCUCCCGACAGAAACUCCCUUGGACACCACAAGCAAUCUGCUGUCGACGUUCACAAUGUCCUAAAGAACCACCGUGGAAGCUCGCCUGAAGAAAUCGGGAGGAUUCUCGAAAAGUGCGGGAUAGUGUUAACCGAAGGGAUGAUUCUGGAAGUGGUGAACCGGAACCGGUCUGAUUGGAAACCAGCUUAUACACUUUCUCGAUUGAUCCGUAUACAAUCCGUUUACCUAUCUAGCCCAUCGGUGUACAACGAGAUUCUCGACGUUCUUGGGAAAAUGCGGCGGUUCGAAGAGUUCCACCAAGUGUUCGACGAAAUGUCUACGAGAGAUGCAAAGACGUAUGAAGUUUUGCUAAACCGAUACGCUGCUGCUCAUAAAGUAGAUGAAGCCGUGAAGGUAUUCGAGAGGAGGAGAGAGUUUGGGAUAGAGGACGAUUCGGUUGCGUUUCAUGGGCUGUUGAAGUGGCUGUGUAGGUAUAAGCACGUCGAGUUUGCGGAGACUUUGUUCUGCUCUCGUGGAAGAGAGUUUGGUGGAUGCGAUAUAAAAGCCAUGAACGUUAUUCUCAACGGGUGGUGUGUUUUGGGGAACGUUCAUGAAGCCAAGAGGUUUUGGAAAGACAUCAUUGCUUCUAAAUGCAGGCCUGAUGUUGUCAGCUACGGGACGAUGAUCAAUGCUUUGACUAAGAAAGGGAAAGUAGGGAAGGCUAUGGAGCUGUACAAAGCAAUGUGGGAGACGGGAAGAGACCCGGAUGUUAAAAUCUGUAAUAAUGUUAUUGAUGCAUUGUGUUUCAAGAAGAGGAUCCCUGAGGCUCUUGGAGUGUUCAAGGAGAUGAGUGAGAAAGGUUGUUCUCCGAACACUGCGACUUAUAACUCGCUUUUGAAGCAUGUCUGCAAGCUAAGGAAAACAGAGAAAGUUUGGCAGCUAGUGGAAGAGAUGGAAGAUAAAGGCGGUAGUUGUUCGCCUAACGAUGUAACAUUCGGUUACUUGCUUAAGUAUUCGCAGAAGCCUCAAGAUGUUGAUUCAGUUUUGGAGAGGAUGAGGAAGAACAUGUGUGAAAUGACAAGUGACUUGUACAAUUUGGUGUUUAGGCUGUGUGUGCAAUGGGGAGAUGAAGAGAAGGCAAGGGAGGUAUGGAAUGAGAUGGAGAGAAGUGGGUUAGGACCAGAUCAGAGAACGUAUACCGUAAGGGUUCAUGGUCUGCACACAAAGGGGAAAAUAGGAGAAGCGUUGAGUUGUUAUCGAGAGAUGAUGUCAAGAGGAAUGGUGCCAGAGCCAAGAACUGAGAUCUUACUAAACCAGACCAAGGCCAAGCCGAAAGAAGAAGAGGACAAGCUUAGACUCGACAGUAAGGAAGAAGAAACUGAAGUCCAAGUUAAUUAUACACGAAGAAAGUUGAUUUGAUUUAAAAAGCAAUUUUCACAUCUUGUUCCAUAUGAUCGCUUAUAAGAAAAACGAAUUUCCAUUA